AAUCAACCUCUUCCUUCCAAUUCAUAAACCUAGCAGAGUAGCAGUCGCCGUUCCCCGUUCGAAUCCAACACCCAUUCAAAGAAUCAAGUUUCAGUCUCCGUCUCCAACCUCCAUUCUCCAUCCUCCGACCUUCAUUCACCGUUCGCUGUUCGAAUCUAGCACCCCCUGACCCAGUCCAAUAACCCUGGCAGAGCGUCCCCAUCGCCAUCUCCCCUUCUCUCCUUAUCAGUCGUCACUCGCCAUUGUGAUUCGUGAGUCUGAGUUCGUCAGCAGCAAGCCUCUCCUCUCCUUGUCAGACAAACUGACACACUUUGUCGGCAUCUUCAGUCUUGAGCUCUGCUUGCUUGUCCUGUGCUAUACCUGCUGCUUCCACUACUGCAUGUCAUUCUGUUGUUGCUUUGCCUUGACAAGCUUCCAUGGAGACAGCCUCCUGUUCAGUCCUUCACACACUAUCCCUUCCACGUAUUUUCAAUAAAGAUCACAGAUCCUUCUUCAGUGCAUCGACGGGCAAUUUUCGAAUGCUUCCUCAAUACUCAUUCACCACUGUGCUGCCAUAUUCCAAUUUUCCUGUAAAAGUUUUGCAUUCCACUAGGUUCUCCACUUCUUGCUCACCAUCCAGUCCCCACUAUCAGGACUCGUCUCAAGGACUUGCCAUUCUUCUUGAAGUCGAUGGAGUUCUUGUGGAUGCUUACCGUGUGGGCAAUCGUCAAGCUUUCAAUAAGGCAUUUCAGAAUCUUGGGCUUGAUUGUGCAAACUGGACCGAACCUGUGUACUUAGAUCUUGUAAGGAGAAGUGCCAAUGAUGAAGAGAAGAUGCUCUUGCUGUACUUUAAUAGAAUUGGAUGGCCUACUUCGUUACCCACAAGUGAGAAGGGAAAGUUUGUAGAAAGUGUUUUGCAGAAAAAGGAGAAAGCAUUGGAAGAGUUUGUGAUGUCAAAGAGUCUACCUUUACGACCAGGGGUUAACCAGUUUAUUGACGAUGCAUAUAAUGAGGGAAUUCCAGUGGUAGUGAUAACUGCAUACAGAAAAAGUGGCAAAUCGAGGAGCGAAGCUGACAGGGCAAUUACAGAAAAGCUUGGUGAUCGAAGCUCAAAGGUAAUGAUUGUUGGUGAUAAGGAGGUUGCGCAGAGCAUGUAUGGCCGACUUAUUUCUGGGAAUGUACUUUCUUCUGGUUUGGAUGACCAACUUGUCAAGGAAGCCAAAAGAGCAGUUUCAGCAGAGAAACAAAGGAUCGCAAAGGAGGUUGCAUCCUUGCUAAAGUUGAGUGUUGAGAUUGACACCACCUUAUCUGAAAGUCUAGAAAAGACUGUAGCUGCAAUACGUGCUGGAGCAGAAUAUGCAGGGUUACCUGUAUGCAAUUGUGUCCUUAUUGCUGGAAGCAAGUCUGGAGUUGAUGGAGCGGGAGUGGUAGGCAUGCCAUGCGUUGUUUUACGGAGCAGUUUGACAUCUAGAGCUGAGUUCCCUUCGGCAAAUGCUAUAUUUGAUGGGUUUGGAGGCGGAGAUUUAACCAUUUCUAGAUUACGAAGCCUAUGCAAAGAGAAAAAGCCGUGAAAUUAACUCUGGCAAGUUUUAUGUCCAGAGAAAAUUUUUGCUCACUAAAAUAUGCGAUCAUUCAAAAGGUUUAUAUAAUCUCUUCAAUGUCAAGUUGUGAGUUAGCCUCUGCGAGAGGUGUCCUUAGUCGGGCUGGGCCAGAAAUUGAAAAGAACUAAAUUGGGUCAAACCAGGUUGAGAAUUCCACUUUAAUCCCUUCAGUACUGAAAUUGAUACUUUUCCUCAUACAAUGUUGUAAAGUUGGGGUUUGUAUUGAAGAGAUGAUGAGAUGUGACUGUUUUGUUCAAAUAUAGUAUACUUUUGGAAAAUCAAAUAUGGUUGCUGAUAUUAUUGCUAUAGAGUCUUUAUAGGUGAAAUUGUAUAUUAUUUCAUUAAUGUGGCUUUUGAAUAUGUUGGGAACGUUAUGCAACAUGACAUUCUGGAAUAUUGAUCCUUACAUUUUAGUAACGUAAUUUAUAUUGGGU